CAGUACCCAGAAGUCCCUGUGCGCGUCAACAGCAACAGCUAGGAUGUUGCGAUAAUGCUGGCAGCCAAAGAUUGCUGUGGUUGCAGAGAUUAGACGGCUGUGUCGAAACCUCAGUCGGUAACGUUUUAGCGGCUGGCAGACGCAGUGGUUACACAUUUGCACCAGACGCAGAGUUGUCUCCUAUCAACUCGACGCUUAUUGGGGGCUGCCUUGCGCCGAAGGCGUCAGCGAACGGAACCCAUAUGGUUUUAUAUUUAUGCAUGUAAGCAUUUAAAUAGCCGCACGGACAGUUAGCAAUGAGGCAACAAACGGCCGCUGCACUUUUCUGAAGGAUGGAAACAGCUUUUUGGGUAGCACCGUCGCAGUUACUCGGAGGAUACAUCGCGUUUGAAGACAUUUUCUUCAGAAAAUAACCUGGAUAACCUUACACGAAAUGUCAUAGCCUUAGCAGCUAGCACUUAGCUAGCUAGGUAACGGCUGGACGAGAUGGAGAUGGACCCAUUUUUCCUCAGCAGCCGACCAUGAACAGCUGGCUGGCUGGUAAAAGGAGCACUUUUUCCGGAGAUGCUUUAACCUCCUGGGCGGUGUAAUACACUUACAUAACUGUUAGCCGCUCUAUAGUUAUCACUACUGGCUUGUGUUGGCAAGCAAAUGGGAAAUUUCCCUAAAAGAAUCUCACAUCAUCACCACAAGUGAAAAAAAAAAAAAGGUAUUACUUGCAUAUUUUGAGACACCAGACGAUAAGUUUACAUUUGGAGCUGGGGUUGUGAUAUAUCACUGCAAUAAGCUAGAACAUCCGAGUGUGAAGAGAGCGAGAACCACAUCUUCCCUGCUGUCAUUUCGACACCAUGAGGAAGUUCUUUGAUUCCCGUCGGGAGUUGGUGAGCUCCGGGCCUGGUUCUGGAGGAGGGGGCAGCAGCUCUGGGUCCAGUCACGCCGGAGGAAAUUUUAUUGGCAGAGCCUUCACUGUCGGGCGGCACCAAGUCACUGUUGAGGAGAUCAUUGCUGAAGGUGGCUUCGCGAUUGUGUUCCUGGUAAAAACAAACCAAGGGGUGCGUUGUGCCCUGAAGAGGAUGUACGUCAACAAUGAGCACGAUCUGCAGGUGUGCAAACGGGAGAUUCAGAUCAUGAAAGACCUCGUUGGUCACAAGAAUAUUGUUGGUUAUCUGGACUCUAGCAUCACAGCUAUGGGAUCUCGAGACGUAUGGGAGGUUCUUAUACUGAUGGACUACUGCAAGGGAGGGCAGGUGGUUAAUCUGAUGAAUCAGAGACUUCAAACCGGCUUCACGGAGUCCGAGGUGCUUCAGAUCUUCUGUGACACCUGUGAUGCCGUAUCUCGCCUGCAUCAGCGAAAGGCACCGAUCAUCCACAGAGACCUCAAGGUGGAGAACAUCCUCUUGCACGACAAAGGUCAUUAUGUACUGUGUGACUUUGGCAGCGCCACCAACAACUUCCAGAACCCACAGACCGAAGGAGUGGCAACUGUGGAGGAAGAAAUCAAAAAAUACACCACCUUAUCAUAUCGAGCUCCAGAAAUGGUGAACCUCUACAACAAUAAGAUUAUAACCACAAAGGCUGACAUCUGGGCACUGGGCUGUUUGCUGUACAAGUUGUGCUUCUUCACUCUCCCCUUUGGUGAAAGCCAGGUGGCCAUCUGUGAUGGCAGUUUCACUAUUCCAGAUAAUUCCCGUUACUCUUACGAUCUUCACUGCCUCAUUCGGUACAUGCUGGAGCCAGACCCUGACAAAAGACCAGAUAUCUAUCAGGUUUCCUACUUUGCUUUUAAACUAGCUCAGCGGACCUGUCCUGUUCAGAAUGUAAAGAAUUCUCCAGUUCCUUCCACACUUCCUGAGCCAAUCAAAGCAAGUGAAGCUGCUGCAGCAAAGAAGAGCCAGACUAAACCCAGACUCACAGAUCCAAUUCCCACCACUGAAACCUCCAUCACCCCUCGUCAGAGGCCCAAAGCCGUGCACACCCAGCCUGCUGCUGGCAUCCUACCCAUCCAGCCUGCUGCCCUCACCCCUCGCAAGCGGGCUAAUCUCUCUGGUGCUGCGGCUCAGCCUGUGGGAGUCAAUUUAGACCUCUCCCAACCAGCUGCAGCUCUCCAGUCGCAGAGGGCACAGAUUUCGCCUCAGCCGUUCAUUCAAACACAAACCAACACAUGUCAGACUGCAGUUUCACAGAAGCAGACUGCAGCGGCUGGAGCAGAGGCAGCAGCCUCCGCAGCAUCACAAGUGGCCAAAGCUGACGUUGCACCACAAGCACAGCCAACAUCCCAGCAACAGGCCACACCUUCUCCUUCUGUGGUGAGCUCUGCUCCCCCUCAGGCAGCGCAGACUCCAUCUAGCCCAGCCGCACCUCAGCGACCCGCGCGACGCAAACAGCCAGGUCAGGCUCAGCAGCCAGAGGCUCAACCUUCUCCGAGCAAACCAGCACCAGGACAACCAGAAGCAGCUCAGCAGCAGGAGAUACCAGCUCAAACUCAGCCUGCUUCCACUGAGAACAGCCAAAAAUCACCUCAGAUUACACCACCUGAGACUCCAAAGACAUCUGAGGACCGUGGUCACCAAUGUGUGCUGAGUGAUGCAGCAGCGAACGUUGCUGCAGCUCCAGUCAGUGACUCCACACAGCUUCUGCAAGGAGCAAAUGGAAGCGUUGGCCUCAGUCAAUCACUUGUAUCUCAACCAAACACCGCCGACCAUGUUCAGCCGAGCCUUUGCGAUGCAGCUCAGGACGAAAACAAAGCUGCAGCCGCUGGUUCCACCAACACCCCCACACAGCCAGAAUGGAACCCGUUUGAUGACGACAACUUCUCCAACUUCAAUGCUGAGGAAUUCAAACCAGAUGACAAAAAGGCUGCAGCUUUGCUGUCAGAUACUGAGGCAACAUCCUCUGAAGAGCUGAUUCCCGGACUGCAGGCCUCGUCUGUGGAAAACACUCCUCAAGAGACCGCUGAAAGGCCGUCUGUUCUUCUGGAAUCAGGAGCCUCUCUUUUGGCUGUCCCAGAUCCUUUCCAUAUCCUCGAACUGUCAGAUGCUCCUGAGAAGCUGAUUGAAGGACUCAAAUCUCCUGACACGUCUUCACUCAUGCUUCCUGAUCUGCUGUCAUUAUCAGAUCCUUUUGGAGGGUCUGUGGAGUCUGUAAAAGACCCUCUCACUGCAAACGACUCUCUCCUCGGCUGCUUUCUCAUCUCCGGUCCACCUGCAGCACCGAGCAGCGCCACCUCCUCCGUCUCCUCUGCUCUUGAAGAUUUCAGCCUGCAUUCUGGAGACUCAGUACAGCCUAAAGGGGACUCGUCUCUCCUGAUCUCAGACUUUGAGGCCCAGCCAACCAGUGCAGAGGCUGCCACAGAGGAUGACUUUGAUCCUAUUCCCGUCACAGGCCGAAAAAAUUCCCAAGUUUCAGGAGGCCACUCGCGCAGUAACAGUGGUGGCUCUGAAUCCAGUCUGCCCAGCUUGGCCCGCUCCCUGAUGCUGGUGGACCAGCUCAUCGACUUGUAGAUGGCCCCCCCUUCCUCCUUCGUAGAAGCUGUAACUCUGGAUAAUAGUCCAGCAUAGCAUAACAACAAUCAGCAGUGUUGACAUAGAUAGCUCCUUGUACCCCCUGACUUCCCCCCUUCAUUAUAGAAAUGCCCCUCACCUGUCGGCGCUUCUUCAUUCCUGCUUUCUUUCAUCGAUAGCAACAUCCGCCAUCUCUUCACCUCUCAUCUCUCAUCUUCACACUAACAUUUCAGCUUUGUUCCAGUCUCCAUGCAUUAUGUAUGGUCCAUUGAGAACAAGCAGCCAAUUCACUGUCCAUUUUCAAGGCUAGUCAUGGUAGUUUUUUUGUUGUCAAUCAGGAUAAAAGCUACCAGUUUGUUUGAAGAAUACUGCAUUAUGUCUAAUAGCAAACAAAAAAAAGAUCAUUGUCGUAAUGUAAAAUAAGCAUAGUUCUAAGUGGUUGUAGUUCUCGUGCACAAGUGAAUUUGUCGUGAUUUGCCUUCUUAGAUUUUUCUCCCUGAGUUUGUUUGCACAGAAAAAAAAACCAUGGAAAAUCUCAAUGAUUGUUCAUUCAGACGAGGUUUAUUUGAGGUAACAAAGCCAAACAUCUCUGAAUCUGAAGUCACGUAGCCUGGUUUGCACAGAUGCAUAAAUGUCAGACGGAGCUGUUGGAUGGAAGAUCUGUACAACUUUAAAGCUGCUGUAGUUUAGGGUGAAAAUCUGGAAGCAGAAGAGUCAUAACACAUAAUGUUAAGGACCCAUAGAGUCACCCUAGAAGCAACAAGGACAACAAUGCAAAGAUAAAGUACAGCACACUCCAUAAUUAUUGGCACCCCUAGUAAAGAUUCCCUCCUUGCUAUGUGAAGUGGCAAAAUAAACUUAAGUACCUGUUAUGUUUGCCGCAGUUCCAGUUGUGUUAAACUCUCAAUAGUUGCUCUGACUGUAGUUAGCAUGGACUGGUAUCAAGGUAUACCAAGGUUUUAUGAACUAAUCGAGAAAAUCCUUUAUUUUAUUGAGAAAGCAGCUGAAUGCUGGGAGUUUAUUUGGACUGCAGCCUCUAGGUUAUCACACCGGCACAUGUUUAGACCAUAGAUCUGUGCAGAGCUGCUUGCAGAUAUUUCCUGAGUUUUGAAGGUCAACAUACAUGUGUCUUAGAAGAAUCGCAUGUUUUCUUGUCUUUCCCAUUUUUAAAAGUGAGUAAUAACAUUGUGCCUUUUCGCCACUGCAUCAUUUAUGUAUGCACACACCAGCGAGGAACAAAAGCAUGCAUUACUAAUCAGACACUCCACAGUUUGUGAUGAGUAACUUUUGCUCACUAAGUAACUCAAGCUAAAAGUUGGAUUCUUCUGUGUUGGGGUUAUGCCACCACAAUAACACAUGAAUUGAUUUUAAUACUUUUAAGACAUCUGUACCAGACGUGCCAAUAAUUGUGCAAGGUGCUGUACAUCCAGCCAUGCAGUAUGAAUAAUAUUCGCUCCAACCUAUUCUACUUUGCUUUUUUUAUUUUUAGAUUAAGAUUUAUUUUCCUGAAGAAAGGUUGUACUGGAACUAAAUCAGAAAUCAGGGUAUCGAUAGCAGCGUACCAUAUCUAUUGAAAUGCAUGCAAUCUUGAUGAUAAUGUGAUAAACUAACAAUAUUAGGACCUAGCAGAGAAAAAGUAGCAAAUAAAUAUGUACAACACACUCAAUUUAUUUUUUGGCACUGACAGAAAUCUCAUUAGGCGAAUAUUUUUCCACACUCUCACUAUUUUGUUUUCACACAUUUAGUCCACAUUGUGCAAUCCCUCCGACAUUCCUCACAUUUGUUUACUCCUUAUUUAUGUAAAUAGAUAUCUGCAGGCUCUUAUCCAGACCGUAUAUAUCAAGUCAUUGUCAUAAAGCUUUACACGUGGAAGACAUAUUGCUUUAUGUGUGAAUCUGAUGUACAUGUCAUAUAUAUACAGAUAUAUUUAUAUAUAUAUGACAUUGUUUUGCUGUUAAUACAUGUUAAUAUGAAUAGAGUGUUAGAGAAUGAAUGUAAGAAAUAAAUAUUAGUCUCUAUUAAAAAUCUAUAUAUGAUUCUUAACAUCAAAAUUGUUUGAUAAUGUUAAAGAAUAUCUGAAAAUGUCAUUCCUCUGUGCAGACGUGAUCUUUUUAUUUUUCUUCUUGGUUAUAAAUACUCUGAAACUGUCAGUAUGCUAAAAUGUAUAGAUGAUAACCCUGGUCUCUGUCCAGCCUGGAAGAUUAGGCUUGAACCCAUGUCUUAUUCCUCUCUUGUGAAAAGAAACGAGAGUCUGUGUUUGGUCGGUUUUCAUGGACAGGUGGGCGACUAUAUUUUUAUUCAAAGCAGUCACUCUAAAGAGGGGGAGUUGAAUCGCGUGAAUUUUUGGUCCCACUUUCAUUUGAUUUUGUGCUUUUUAAGGCUUUUAUUUGGGCUUGCUUUAGUGACCACAGGAUUCAUAUCAAAAAGCAUGGCUGUGUUGUUGAAUGUUACAGUCCCAUGCAUUGGUAUACAGUGUUCUGAUAAGUGUGCGUGCGUGGACUCUGAAAUGUUGGAUGUUUUUUCCAGUAGUCUUCUUGUGUUUGCUGCAGAAAUGAUCAGUUUGUCCUUAAAUCUCCUCUGAAAGCACAGACUCCUUCUCUCCUAAAUUCUCUCAGAAAGUCGGAGCUGCAUCUCAUGCUGCACGCCGACUUACUGCUCCCCUGUCCCCCGUCCUCUGGAAGUAUGUGUUUAUUUGUACAGUUUACAGAAUAGUCUUGUAUUUAAUGGUUUAGGGGCUCUGUGGAGGUAUAGCCCUGCUGCUGGAGCUGAAGCGUGAUUAGCACAGCAUUAUAAACAUUACUGAAGGUCAGAACUGUAUAGAUGUUUGUGAAGGAUAAAAUAAAGGUUUCACGCUUCUAAUACAUGAUUACAAUGGAAAUGGCUGCUUUCACUUGUUGUUUUUAAUUAUUAUUUACAAGAAGGAACUAAAAAAAGCACAAGUUUUACUUUUGGGGUUGCCAAGGAGAGAAGAAGGAGAUCUGGAAAUAUCUUUGUUUUAUGUUGAAAAAAUGUCGUAGUUGGUCUCCUUUCAACUACCUACGUGCAAUAUUGUUUUAAAUAUAGCUAGCAUUUAAGUAGAAAGGAUAUUCAUCUUUUAAGUGCAGAGUUCACAAUUUGUGCCAAAAGGAAAGGUUUUAAAUGACCUACUCAGAUGUUAAUAACAUUUCCCCAUAUAUUGCUGUAAGUUUGAGUAGAAAAUGCUCACUGAACAUCUUUUUGACACAAACGAAAAAAACAAACACAGGAAGCCAUCUUGAAAGCCUGGUUGUUAUAUUUACCGGAGCUGCUGCAUGCACGGUUUUAAGGCCUAAUGUACCCCAUGAUCCUGUUUCUGCUCCUUCCGCCAAACAUCAGUCAUCUGCAGUUACUGUCUGAACCUAUGCAAGUCCCCAAGCUUUUUCCCUCUAAGUGUUACUGUGCUGUUGUAAUUACUAAAGCCAAGCGUGACAAGUACCUGGUGUGAAACAGAAGCCCCAGAUUUGUGGUUUUCUUUCUGUCAUUUUCCCCAAAAUGAAAGCUGUCACUUAUCUGAUACUGUCAAGUGUUUUUGAGAUGCCUCUUUGUCAUUAUGGCCCAAACUGCUUCAGAGCUGUGAUACUGUGUGCUCCUAUUUUUGUGAGAUAAUUUAAGAGUUAUAAAGGGAUGGCUAAUAAAGUACAAAUGUGAAUGUUAACUUUUUGGCUAUUUAUUCUUACAUUUGUCAAACACAGUCAGUAUUUUGAGUGAUAAACUCAGGACCAAAGACUGUUUUGGAUUAUGGAGCUUGACAGAAGUAUUCACACCUCUUGAACUGUUCCACAAACUUUUAUGUAUUUUGUUUGAUUGGGAUUUUGUGUGACAGAGCAACAAAAAGUAGUACAUUCAGUAUACAUGGUGUAGUUUUCAUUGACCUGGAGUCCAUAGAUUAAUUUAACAUCGUGUUUAUUGACACAUGCACCAGAUCCUGUUACGUGAGUUCUCUCAUGACCUGUAUUACGGAAAUACAUGUUGGAAUAAAUAGUAUAUCACUGCUAUUACA